CGCCAUAUUGGAAAAUAAGAAUAUCAACAAAGACGCAAAAAUUUGAUUUUUUAGGGAAUAAAACAAUACAAAAACAGUGGUAAGCCUAUGAUAUUUUUAUUACGAAAUUAUAUACCUUCUUUGGCUGCUUAUUAGUUGAAUUUAGAGCUAGGAUCGGUUUUAAACGCAUGUUUUUUUCUAUAUUAAAACGAUCAUAGAUUCAUAGUUUCAUGUUCAUCAUGUUGUGCAUACAUAUUUGUGGCACCCAAUACUUAUCAAAUUGAUGCCAAUCUGCAAAGCCUUGUACAUGCAGAUAUUUUAGGUGCCAAGUGUAAUCGGUCAGCAACUCGAGAAUGGCUUAGUAAGGCACCCUCACCCUGCAUUGCUAAUAGCCUAUUCAGGCUAUUCUGCUAUUCACUCCACCAAAAGAUAUUCAUUCAGGUGUUGAAUUAAACUAUAUUAGAUAGCUCUCUUCCCUAGAAAGUCCUAUCUCCUAAUGAUUCUAGUGUUACUGCAGCAGAAGGAAAGUUUGCGGAAAAACCCUGUGAUGUGAAUUCAGUAGCCUGUGCACAGCCUGUAUUAUACAGGGUAAUACAGGAUGUGCACAGGCUAUGAAUUCAGUGGUUAUUAUGUCUUAUUAUUUGCAAAGCUUUCAAUCUGCGCUGAAGAACCAGGAUCUUCAAGAUCCUGGCUUAUGGAUGGAAAACUCUGCAAAUAAUACAUUUACAUUGUAUUUCCACGAACCAAAAUUGAUAUUACUAUUUGUUAUGCAGAAUUACAAGGAACUUAAUUGAACUAGUAGAGUAUUAAUUGUUUUUGUUUGUGGAAACACCACAUAAACAAAAACAAUUAUAUUUUAUUGCCAUGCAAACAUACAAAGAACUUAGUAGAGCAUUCUUGUCACAUGUGAAGGAGCUGAAAAUAUAAUCAGACUACUGCAUAUUGUAGAAAUCAUACUCCAGUCACAAAGGUAAAGACUUAAUAUUUUCAGGAAUUAAGGUUAACGGUCUGACCCAAGAGGAAAAUGUCGGCUGUGUCACGGUCAACAGCAUUGUCAAGAAAUGCCAAUUCUCAUCAUUCAUCCAGGAACAGAAUGGGAUCACGUAAGAAACUCAUGAAGUUUAAAAUUUUUUGUAAAAUAUUAUUUUACUGUUGUGGGCUUGUGCAAGUGACGACACAACACGUAUUUGUUGCCAUUUUGAGUGGCAAAUUUAAAAUAGUUCAUUAAAAGCAAACACUGUGGUGACUGCGGCUGUUGCUUUUGUUUGAGCAUUUGGAAGAGUUAUGCAUGACGGUUCACAGCUGUGUGGUAGACAGUUGAAGAAAAGAUUUUUGCCACCCAGAAUGGCAGAUUAUUUUUGAUAAUACAAAUGUAUGUCAUACGUACUGCAUGACCUGAAUACAUUGAAUUGUGACUUUUGUCUAGGACCCAUCUCAACAGACACAGCACAUGUUACAUUCCAACCAAAUACAAAACCAGGUAAAAUAUUGCCAGAAAAGAAAGUUGUCAGGUUAGGUUAGGACCAGACUGCAAAGCUGGGCACUUUUCAACAAGAUCUCGGGUAUGCAAAUGUUAGGAAAUCAAAGUGCAGGUGCGCAAAACAGUCCCAAGUGCGCAUCAAGAUUAAAUUGCAAAAAUUGUUAUAAAGUACAUCCCAGGUGUGCUGAAAUUUCUGCUUAAAAAAUAUGGGGUGCGACGUUGACCAACUCUGCAGUUUGGGGUUCAAUGUCUUUAAUAGGAUAAACAUAGUUAGGAAAGUAAUAUCACAAUUGUUGUAAAGAUAAAUAGUCUAGGCUAUAUACAGAUAAUAUAAGUAAGCAUUUAAUACUUCGCAAGAAUUGAAGCUUGAAGUUUCCAUCAGCCCUACGUGAAGUCAGUUAAAACAAAGAAUCAACUACAGUAAAAAGUUUUAUGAACUCUUUUUCAUUUAAAACAGCUACCUGGCUUCAUUCUUCAAUAUUAUUUCUUUGCAGACAUGUACAAUCCUAAGAAUAACCCAUUCAAAGUUCCAUUGGAUAAUGAUAUUUUCACGCUUCGUGAACGAGAAAGAGACGCAAAACUACAGGUAAAACUUUUAAUAAUGACAUUUGAAUAAAAAAUUUGGAAAACCUUUUAAAUACAGUAAAUACUUACACUACACACGUCUUGUCCUCCUUUUUUCUUACAAAAAACUUGAACUUCUAACAGCAGAACACUAUGACUUCGUUUAAUUCUUUUAAAUACAAUAUUUUCUCGCUUCAAAACGUUUCAAAUUUCAUGAAAAUUUGCAAAAAAAAGAACAAGAUCUAGAAAUUACAGCAUUUUUAAACCUCGCCCCAGGCUUCCACUCGGUCUCGGCGCGAAAAAAGCGCUUGUAUUUAAAAUUCCCGCGUCUACAAAUGGAACAGGAAUAAUUUGCAUACGGUUCCAGACCUGUACAAACGAUAAUAUCCUAGUUCUAUAUUUCUUUCUUUCUGUGUCCACACUCUAGCAACGUAAAGAGCAGCACAAACUGAAAGUACACGAGAAGACUACCUAUGCAUCACGUGUCAACGCCAAGACUGCGGAAAUGAGGAAGAUUGUGGAUGACGUAGACGAUGAGGAGGAUGAUAUAGAUACCAAGGAUGAAGAUGGGGUUGUUAAAGAUGAUCCACAAUUCACACUUGCUAUCACUAGAGGUAGUGUUUUUAACCAACCUUUGGGGGUUACAUUUUCAUGUCACGCAGUCACGAAAUAUGAUUGGUUAGGAGGUUUAUAGGGUUUGGAUUAGGUUUCGUGAUUGCGUGACAUGAAAACUUUGAACUUUUGUUAAAGUUUCAAUUUUUAUUUCUACCAACUCACUGAAGAUGGGCUUGAAAUGCCAAAAACCUCUGCUUGAAUUCGAGGACAGCGUGUGUAUAUUUCCAAAUUCCUCUGACUCGCAUCAUUUUUAUUUCAGAUCGUAAUGUUGAGAAAGAAAAUCUCUCAGAUUUCAUUGCAAAAAAGAGAGAAAUGUUUCUAGUUCAGGUACGAAUAUUUCCUGGACAUUUCUAGGAACUUCUGAUCAAAUGACAUCUUUUCCCGUAAAAUAAUGUCUCUAUCAUUUCGUUGCAGUAUUCGUUAGGUGUUAAACGAGAUGAAAUGAGAAAGUUGGAAGAGAUCGCACAAGCGGAAGAGAAGAAACUAGAACUAGCAGAGCAGUACCUUGAGGAAGACGCUCAAAUGUUUGAUGAAUUUUUAAAAGAAAACGAUAAGAAUUCUGUCGAUGCUAUCAAAAUGUACGUGAAUCAUAAUAAAGAGGUUCAAAUUUGACUUCGACUAUACCGUUAAUGGACUAUUAACCAAUCAAAUGCGUUUCAUAUAUCCGAUUAACCAAUCAGAUGCGUUCAAUCGUUUGAUACAUCCGAUUAACCAAUCAGAUGCGUUUCAUCGUUUGAUAUAUCCGAUUAACCAAUCAGAUGUGAAUACGUGGAAGCCAAAUGUGAACCACUCUAAUAAUCCCCACCGAUGUCAAGAAGUUAUCGUAUAUCUUACAAUUCCAAGAUUUCGCUGGAGUUUUUGUGAAAAAAGCCCGUAUGAACCCUUAAUGAUUUAAAAUGUCAUUUCACUUUAUUAUAUAGAGCGGAAAACGAAACAAAGAUAAAGUUGGAAAAAGUGUCUGAUAUCAAGAAAAUCAAUGCUCAAAUGAUGGCAAUUAAAAGUGAAAUAUCCAAGAACGAAGACACGCUGAAAGACUACAUGUUAUAUAAACAAUUCCUGGACAUACUCACUCCACCGGUGUGUACAUUUAUAUUUCACUUUUGUUGUUCAGUUGUCUAGCAAAUAAUAUUUUAUUUGUUUGUUUGUUUGUUGAUGCACAUGCAAAUUUUAUGUUUGGAUAUUAGGAUCUUCCCUUUUUCUCAACUAACUUUCUUUAUUCUUAGUAAAAUACCGUAAUCACUAAAUCAGUUGAAUUUACUUUUUAUUAUUAAUAGGAAUUUAAAAAAAAGGCAAGACUCCGAAGACUAGAGAAGGUAAUGAGUAUUAAAGGAAAAUAAUUGGUAAUUAGAAGGGAAAUAAUUGGUAAUUAGAAGGGAAAUAAUUGGUAAUUAGAAAGUAAUUAGCCCAGAAGAAUAACCGACAACAUCCAAUCAAGGUCACCCUAAUACCAUUAAAAAAAUCUACAUUUCACAACGUUCAUCCAAGAUUCGUUGCAACUCUCUUCUAACAUUCAUUUCCUGUUUCCAGCAACGACAGAAAGCUGCUGAGGCUCACGCCAGGCCAGGAAAUUAUUUGGAAAAAGGUUUGUGGACUAUGAGCAAUAUCACAAGGAUUGUAUUCAUUUACUUAAGCCAAAGUAACCAGCGAAAACAUGUUUGAUGUUAAGACUGGUUUACACUCAGUAAGUUUCCUCAAACAUUUCUUACAAAUCCUUCAAAACUUAGAAUUUACCAAUGCAAAAUUCCUACUGUGAUCAGAGAAAUCUUUGAUAGUGAAAACCAUUAACCAAUACUUGGCUUCAUUUAGUUUCUCCUGGUGGACUGGCUGAGAGAAAGCAUAGUCGACAAAGCAGAAAAGACAGUAAAGUACAGGUUGGAAGAAUUUCUCUUUAUAUCUGGGAGGGGGCAUCAUUUAAAUGAGCGAGUGCAGUUGUAUUUUUCAGGUAGUUGAUUCCCUAUCAAACCUGAUGAAGUUGAUUACACUACACCGAUAUCUUGGAGUAUCUACCUAUAAUCAAAUUUUUCCCAAACAUUAAUUUAUAUUUUGUAGAUCAAGCCAAGUAGUUCGGCCAUAACUCACAGAUCACACACAAAUACAAGAGUAGAGAGUGCCAGUGAUAGGUCUGUGACGUCAUCGUCACAUCACGAGUCAGAAGAUGAAAGUAGUGAUGAGGUGAGUCACUUUAAGUUUGUUGAUCUGUAUAAAGUGAACUGGAAUGUGUUGAAGUUUGUUUAUAAAUUUUGCAUGACGAAUAGUAAUCUUCACUUGCCCGUAUUUUUGAAUGAUAAAUAAUCUUAACCGAUAGCUGACAGACGAUGAAAGCAAUUUUGGAAGUGACAAAAUCUUACAAAAUAUCAUUAAAACUGACAUCUGACAACCAACAUCCAAAAGCUUCCAAAUUAAGGCUAGUUCACACUAUAAAAGUUUCUGUGAUCACAGUAGGAAUUUUGCAUUGGUAAAUUCUAAGUUUUGAAGGAUUUGAAAGAAAUGUUUGAGGAAACUUACUGAGUGUUAUAAAGGAUGGUUUAAAGUUUCUGUGAUCACAGUAGGAAUUUUGCAUGGGUAAAUUCUAAGUUUUGAAGGAUUUGUAAGAAAUGUUUGAGGAAACUGGCACACACUCUGUUUAAGCUGGGAAUCUUCAUUCCUCUCAUAUUUUCUAUUUCUAGGAGCCAGAAUUAUAUUUCACGGACCCACAGCAACUGCUCGAUAUAUUCACAGAGUUAGAGGAACAGAAUUUAUCUCUGAUUCAAAACAGUCAAGAAACUGAAGAAGCUUUAGAGGAACUGAAACAAACAAUAGAACAGACGAAGACAAAAAUGUAAGAAUUCUUUAGCCCCAGGGAGACUUCCUACACGGAAUUAAGUUUCAUUUUGACGCCCACGAUUGACGGGUUACGAACCAACAAAUACAAGAGUACACUCUUUUUUAGGGACAAAGAGACAGAAGUCCUUAAACAACAAAUAUCUUUACUAAAAAAUGCCAUAUACCGAGAACAAGAAAAAUCUGCAGACUUGGAGAUGAAAUCAAAGUAAGAUAUGUUCCUUCACUUCCUUGUAGGUUUGAAUCGCAAUAAUGGUAAAUGACCUCCAAUUGGAGUCAAAAUACUUGCUGAAAGAUUUAACAAUUCCUCUAUAUCUAUCUAGAAUGUUUUCGUAUGGUGAAUUCAAAGCUGAAGACCAGGAACAAAUGUUGAAAGCUUUGAAUAAGAAAGUGGAGGAAGUUUAUAGAAAUACAAUCGGUGAUAAUGAAGCAAAUAUUAGGUGAGAAUUUUUACUGUACCCUGCCUGUUAAAAUUUCUUGACUACUUUUACAUGAAUGUCUUGAGUGUGGAACGAGAAUUGAACAUGUAAUCUAGAUAGAUAGAUUGGUUUAUUUAGAAGCCUUAUUUGCAGCAAAAGCUGAAUUACAAAGUCAAAGGUUUACAGCAAUAAUUAAUUUGUAGUAUAAAUUUACAUCUAAAAAUUCUUAGUUAUAUACAGUUAUUUACAAGGAAUGAAUCUUGUUGUAGUUUAAAGCACUUGCGUUCACAAAUGUAUUUUUAAAUCUGUUCGUUUUGCAACGUGGGAUGACGAAGGGAUGCUUACUUCGGAGGUUCACUUUAUCUUCUCUAGUAUUUGGCUGUACAUACUUGUAUAGUUGUUCUUCUUGUUGCACGACAAUUUUGUCGAAAAGGGUGGAGCAAAGUUCAUCUCUACGUUGAAAUAGAUCUAAGAGAAGAAACUAUGACAGUGUUUACUUUAACAACCACGUCACUGAACUCCCUUCUCAAUAAUCUUUAGGGUUGUGUAUUAUGUUUGUUUAUCAUUUCAAAACAUGCUUAGUUUCAUUUCUUUUCUUUCCUCUCAGUACUUUGCAAAUGUUGACGAAUAUUGAAAAUCGUCUUGAAGAACUGUUUGAACAAAUUGAAAUGAUGCCUCCGGAGAAAGUCGAAAUGGCGGAAAAGGUACUGUAGAUAUGAGAAAAUCACGGUGAAAGUAUGUUGGUUUAUCUUCGCCACAACUUCUUCCAAUAUCUUGUUGUUAGGCAAAAGAGAAAGAACGUCGGCUGAGACUACGAGAAGAGAAACUAGAAGCGCAGAGAUUGCAUCAAGAAGAGAGAGUUAAACGAGCUUUGGAACGAGCCAGGGCUGAUCCCAAGAAAAAGGUAAGAUGGUUCACCAUUUCAGAUAGAUUAGUGUGUACUGCAAUUGUCACAUUACCAUCACCAUCAUAAGUAUUACUGUCAAUUCUGACUGUAUCAACAUUGAUAAUGUCACCAGCAGUAUCACCAUCAUUAUUCACAUAAAUACUUGCACUACCAUCUUUAUGAUACGACCACCAUUAUCACCAUCAUGAUCAUCACCACCAUCAUCAUCAUGAUCAUCAUCACCAUCAUCAUCACCAUCAUGAUCAUCAUCACCACCAUCAUCAUCAUGAUCAUCAUCACCAUCAUCAUCAUCAUCAUCAUCAUCAUCAUCACCACCAUCAUCAUCAUCAAACUACCUCCACCACCAAACUAACUGUAAAUUUUCUAUCCACCAUUCAGACUGGUCGUAAACUAAUGUUCCGCUCUGAACCUCCGCAAACAAGAAAGAAAGAGAAAGAUCUUGAAAAUAAACAAUCAAAAGAAGAGGAAGAACUGCAAUAUUUCUUUUCAUAAAAAAAUAUUUGAUAACUUUUUCUUAUGAAAUAUUCUUGUAUAAAUGUAUGUAAAUAAAUACCAAUAAAGAACACAAUCAGAAAAAUAACCUAUGGUCAGAAAAGAUUUUUUAUUUAACAAACAAAAUUAUUUAUGUUAGUAAGGUAGAAAGUGUAUUAAAUGACUUGUCAAAGCAAUUGGCCCAAAAGCAAAGCUUUUGUGUAGUUAGAUUCUAGCUAUGCAUGGAAAAUGAACAUUAAUUAACAGCUUUGUCAUAAAAUGACAACAUAAUAUUUUGAAUGUUGCAAUGCAAUGAAAGUUAUCAAAUCUAUCGGGACUUUAUCAAAGUUAUCAAAGCCAUCCAUGUUAGCAAGCUCUGUUUAUUCCAGAGAUUACUGUCAAAAUUUAAUAGACCUUUUCCAAAUUAUGUCCUAGUGUCAGUUUAACCUAUCUAUAUAAUUAAUAUUUAUUUUCAGGAAGGUUUUUUGAUUUUCAAAGGUCCUGAAAACAAAUCAAAAUAAAAGUCCUAAAAAUCUACAGUCAACAGUUUUUUUGGAAAUGGUCUAUUCCAUCUGUGAUACAUUCUUUGAUGAUACGAUUUUCAGCAGUACAGUAGCUCUUAACAUAUGUUUGAGGCGAACGUUAACGUUUGCUCUCAAACAAUUAGUAAUAAAAUAAAGUUAUUGUGAACAAUGAGGAUACAUGGUCAAUCUUUCAUUUCUCCAUCCUCCUCUUCUUCCUCUAUACCUCGCACGUACAGCACAUUAUUACAUCU